AUGAAUCACGCUUUGAGGCGCGCUGCGCUUGGAGUUUCUCCUGCUUUACGAGCAUCACGACCACAUACACAAUUUGCUUCCCAUCAAUUACCAGCGUUGUACAGAUGCGAAACGAAACAAACAGCUUUUAGACGCGCUUUCACAACAACAAGAUGUCUCAACCAAGAGGCUGCUACUGCUGAUUCGCAAGAGGAGACAGCGCGAAAAGAAGAGUUGAGUGAAAAGGCACGCAAGAGGGAUAUGAAGAAGGUCACAUCUGGUGCCAGCGCUCAGACCUUGGAGAAUGACCGACCAUGGCAUAGAGUGGACUCGGAGGCUGAGAAGGAUCCCGACAUACCUGACAAGACGGAAAUGAAGAAGGGACGUCUAUUGACAACCCCAACGCGUCUACUGAAGCUCAUCCUACCAAUGCCUUUUCAUCCCGAGCAAGAACACGUCAACAGACCAGUGCAACAAGACGUCGAAGACAAAGGUGAAACAGUUGAGCCAUUAGCUCUUCUCGUGCAUCCUCAUCAACCUCUUUCUUACCUCGAGCGAUUGAUUCAAGCCGAAAUACCUCCAGUCCAGUACAAGGGCCGCGAGAAGCUACCCGACAUCGUUUUCCGAGCCGAAGCCGACCAGGAAGAACAGCAUGGAAAGAAGGAAGACAAGAAGAACAGUAGCGGUAAUGUUGCGUCAUACUCUGGUCUUGGCCAUGAAGGUCCCUCCCGUAAAGAGGCGAACUGGGUGCGAUGGAGUGGCAGCACCGAGAUCGGAGACUUUAUUCGAGAUGCUGCUCGCGGUCGAGAGUUUGCUAUUGAUGUUGAGGGCUUCGACAAGGAACUUCGAGUGGCAGUGCCCAGUUUCAGAGACCGAACCUACUACAUGCGCAUGAACUUGAGACGCAUGUCACGCGACAUUGAAGGAAUGUCAAAGGUCAAGAACGAAUGCGACGCACUCGCGCACAAAGGAGCUCAUCGACUGGCACAAGGUGGCUUUGCUGCAUUGGCUGGAUGGUGGGGAGUUGUCUACUAUGUCACUUUCCACACACAGUGGGGCUGGGAUCUGGUCGAGCCCGUUACGUAUCUCGCUGGUCUGACAACUGUCAUGGGCGCUUAUCUCUGGUUCCUCUACAUCAGCCGCGAUCUAAGCUACAAGGCGGCCAUGAAGGUGACGGUUUCAAAGCGACAAGCUGCACUCUACCAAGAACGAGGAUUUGAUCAGAAUCGAUGGGAGCAGUUGGUUCACGAGGCUAACCAACUUCGAAAAGAGAUCAAGGUCGUGGCUAGUGAAUACGAUGUUGAUUGGGAUGAGAAGAAGGAUUUGGGGGGUGAGCAGGUACGAAAGGUUCUCGAGGAGGAGCAGAAGGGCCGGGACGGUACCAAGAUGACUGAGGGCAAAGACGACGAGGAAUCGGGAUCGACCGAAGAGGUCAAGAAGAAGAAGCAGUAA